CGUGAAGCACUAAAAAACAGGUGGAGUGAAAAUAAAGCAGUGCUCUUCUUGCAUCCAGUGCUGACUGUGACCACCAGUUGACAGAAACGGACCUUUCUGUAGACCCAAUAAAGAUAGGUGGACAUUACCAGACAGAGAGAAACGACAGAGAGGCAGAAACAAAGAUGGCAGAGGCCCCGAAGAUUGAACUCUUCGUUAAGGCCAGUGUUGAUGCUGAGAGUGUGGGGAACUGCCCCUUCUGUCAGAGACUCUUCAUGAUUCUUUGGUUAAAAGGGGCCAACUUUACCCUCACUACUGUGGACAUGAAGAGGGCACCUGAUGUGCUGAAGGCUUUGGCUCCAGGUUCUCAGCCUCCCUUCCUCCUCUACAACGAAGAGGUCAAAACGGACACUAACAAGAUUGAGGAGUUCCUGGAGGAGACCUUGGCCCCACCGCAGUAUCCAAAAUUAUGCUGUAAAUACAAAGAGUCCAACGGUGCUGGAGAAGACAUCUUCCGAACAUUCUCAGGAUAUAUAAAGAACCCCAAUCCUGCAUCCAAUGACAUGCUAGAAAAGAAAUUUCUGUCAACUUUGGUGAAGCUGAACAUGUACCUGGAGACGCCUCUGCCUCAUGAGCUUGACAAGAACCCAAAUGCCACUGAGUCCUCACGCCUCUACCUGGACGGUGACACCCUCACCUUGGCUGACUGUAACUUGCUUCCCAAACUCAACAUUGUAAAGGUGGUGUGCAAGGAGUACCGUGACUUUGCCAUCCCCACAGAGCUGAAAGGUCUGACACGUUACCUGAAUAAUGCCUACAAAAAAGAUGAGUUUCGUUUUACCUGCCCAAAUGACUCAGAGAUCCUCCUUGCCUACCGCUCUGUGGCAAAGUACCUGAAUAAAUAGAUCAAGAGGGAGCAGUAGAAGUGAGAAAAAAGAAGAAUAGAAUGACAAAUGGAGAGAAAAGGUGACUAAAUGCCUGAAAACCGUACAUGAUUUGUGCUUUAGUCUGCUUGAGUGUGGAAAAUGAAAUUUGUUUGUAGUGGCAUGUUUGGUAAUUCGUUUUCUCUAAAAAGUACUGUUGUUUUCAUGAAUUGGGCUCAUAUAUUUUUUAAAGUGAAAACUGCUACUUCAAAGGUUUUUGUACAUACUGUAUAUGAUUUGGUUUUACUGAUGUGGAUUUCUUAUUCAGCCCCUGUGAGACCGAGAAAGCACUGUAAAUCCCAGAGAAUAUUUAUGUUAUGUCUCAUUGCUCGUGCAUGUAUUUUGUCUAAGCAUUUGCGUUUUGUUGAUUGCAAUUUAUUGAUUAAAUUUUGACAUGAAAUAUGUCUAGAACAUUACUGGUAUAAACAUAAAAAACAAAUGGCCCUGACUGUAGAUAAAGCAGACUGUAAAGCUAUUCUUUCAAACUAACAAGGAAAACUGUUUAUCUCAAUGGAAAUUACUAACAACCCUUUAUGUAAUUUUUUGUCCUCUUUAUGAUUUUUUGUGUGUAAGUUACUGCAUGUUUCUCAGUAGUGACUCAGUGAUGUUCAAUAUUGACAUAUAUGUAAUUUAACUGAAUGGAGACAGGG